AUGGCAAUCCAAGGAGAUAGAAUCAGCAUAUUACCUGAUGUUUUACUUCACCAGAUCCUUGUAUUAAUAGACCUCAAAGAAGCUGUUCAAACCUCUAUUCUCUCUAAAAGAUGGAGGCAUCUUUGGUCUACCCUUCCUAUUCUAGACUUUGAUUUUCGUCGCCAUGCAAUCCAUAGUGGUGUUGAGUUAUGUUGGUCGCAUCAUCAUGAUGAACACAUGCCUCGAUUCAUGAAUUUCGUCAAUCAAGUUAUUUCGUGUCGUGAUAUCAGUUCAUCUAUUUCCAGCUUUCGAUUAUCUUCGAGUAAUUUUACAGCUAUCACUGCUAGCUUCGCUGAAAAGUGGGUUGAAUAUGCCAUUGACCACGAUGUUGAAGAGCUCGAUAUAGACGCGUAUCAUAGCCCCACGCCAUUGAAACUACCUCGAGCCCUUUUCGCUUGUAAAUCGCUACGAGUUCUCAAGCUUAAUCAUUAUUUUGAUGGUAUGGUUAUACCCAAGUCAUUCUCGUUACCAACACUGAAGAUUUUACAUCUUGAUCGCUUCCCUUUUCGGGAUGAUGAUCCAUUUAGUUUUCCAAAAGAGCCCUUUUCGAGUUUUCCCAAUUUGGAGGAGUUGAUCUUGCGUCGAUGUGAAGUUUCAGGAUUGAUAAUUUCUGCUCCCAAACUUAGGAUCUUGGAAUUAUCUUUCCAUGGUUAUAUGCCAAAAUUUUCGUCGGAAGUCGAAAUGGAAAAGAUUUCAACUUCCAGGUUAAAUUCAUUUAGGUUCGAGGGACAAGUUUCAUUGGUAUGUCCAAUGGGAGAACUACCUUGUCUCAAGGAAAUAUAUUUUGAUCUAGACCCAAUUUUAGAAUCACCAUACACAGAUUUUGUGCAGCAAAAGAUGCCCCAGAAUUUGAUCAGAAUGCUACAACAAUUAGGAAAUGCAAAGUCAGUCAUCUUGACCUUGCCCACAAUCGAGGUUCUUGCAAUGGAUUCUCGUCUUCUCGAACAAAGUCCAUCUCCAUUUCCCAACAUUAAGAAUCUGAAAGUCACAAGAACAGAUGGUAUAAUAGAUCUGAUGAGUACUCUGCCUCAAAAUGUGAUGAAUUACUUGGCAAAAGGGAUGAAAUGA